GAUCAGCGGCUUCUCAACGGCAUCGCCUCCCUCAACGAGCUGGGCGGGCAGGGGCGCCAUGUGCCCGUCUCCGCCCCGCUGACGGCGGCCCGGCGUGCUGCCGCGAGGCGGCUGGCCACGACCUACGGCAAGUGGUCGCCGCCCGUUGAUCGCCCAAGUCCCCAUGAAGCGUGGACGACGCUACAGGGUCUCAGGCCUGGCUACUCUGAAGUCGAGGCCUCCGGUUCUCGAACCGUCUACCAGCGGGGAAACAUCUCUCUCCCCAAGAUCGGUGCGGGUAAGGUGGCUCUUACGGAGGUCCUCCCGACUGACCUGCAGACCAAGCUGGAGACUGGGCGCGGGUUGUUGCGAUCCCCAGAGGAGGCAGCAGCGCUAAUUCGUGAUGCAGGUGCUCCUCGUGCCAUUGACCCGAAGCUUGGGCGGCUCGGCUACGACUACGGCCACGCUCUGGGGGAGCUCUACACCUCCGGGGUGAUCGAGGCCAGCUCGGAGCCGGUUUUGGAGGAAGCUGGCAUGUUUUUUGCGGCUCGCAAGGACAAGCGGUUGCGUCUCAUCUGCGACACCAGGACUCCUAACAUGCACUUUACCACUCCAGAGCACACGGCACUCGCGGCUUUGUCCUCGCUGGAGGCGUCGGGAGUCAAUAUGAUCGGCAUGAGUUCUGGAGACGUCGACUGCUGUUUCUAUCAAUAUGCAUUGCCGCCCUGGUGUAGGCGCCACUUCAACCUCCCGCUGAUCGAGAGUCGCUUCCUGCCGCCGGAGGUUCGGAGCGCCUGCGGAUUGACGUUGAAGAGCGGCCAGGUACGCUUUCGAUUCAAGGUGGUGCCCAUGGGCUGGAGCUGGGCGGUGCACUUUAUUCAAGAAGCACACCUUCACCUCGUCAAGUCAGUCUUGCCAUCUCAGCCAUGGUGCUUGGACAAGUGCCCCGGCAUUGACUUGAACCUUGAGGAUGCCAAGGUCCUGUACAUAGACAACUUUGCCGCGCUGUCCCAGUCGCCCUCCCGCGCCGCCACCGCCGUCGCCGACAUGCAGGCGGCGCUCGCGGCCAAGGGCGUGGUCUCCGAGCUAGACACUGCCCCGGCCGAGCGCGGCGAGCUGCUGGGAUGCGAGCUCGACCUGCAGACGGGCUGCUGGUGCGUGCUGGGUCGCCGGCUCUGGCGGGUCUACGGCGCCCUGGAGCAUGUUCUCACGGGGCGGGCCAAGGUCUCUGGCCAAGAGCUCGAGCGUUUGAUCGGCCACCUGGUCUCCAUCCUGAUGCUGCGCCGGGAGGGGCUGGCCAUGCUGCACUCCUCAUACGAGUUCGUGCAGGCGUCCUACUCCAAGAAGCAGCCGCUCUGGAAAAGCGUGGUGGUCACUUGCUUCGACGCGUCUCCUUGGGGCUACGGGAUCGUGGAGACCGAGUGGGACCUGAAGGAUGUGCAGCGCGUCGGCAGGGUCUCCGAGCGGGCACGGUUCCGCGGCGUGCUCGCUGCCGAGGGGCCCCCCCGCGAGAGGACGCUGGAGCAGGAAAUAGCGCGGGCACCAGGGCCCGCCCUCUUGCUGGCCGGGCGCGCGGCAGGCUUCCCGGAGGUCAACUACGGCAAAAUGCAUGCCCGGCCCUGGCGCGUAGCAGGCUGCGGCCGCUGGAAGCGCAAGGAGGCCAUGCACGGGCUCGAGGGGGCCGCUCUGACAUGGGCCGUCCGCCGGGCGGCCAGGGACUCACGGGAGCACUGUUCGCGCCGACUCUUUCUUGGCGAUAACAUGUCUCUCGCCCUCGCUGCCGCCAGAGGCCGCGCGGCCAAUCAUCGUCUCCUGGGAGUCUGUCGCGUCCUCUUCGCUGUGGGGGUCGCCGCAGACCUGAAGGUUCAGGUGAGGUGGCCCCCCUCAGAGUGGAACCCGAGCGACGGUCCGUCUCGCCGCUUCCAGCCUCGGGGCCCGGGAGCGCGCGUGGAGGCGGCGAUGCUCCAGGCGGUGCCGCCCACGCCGAUGGCCUUGGCGAGCGGCCGCUCCGGCCCUCGCGCGCCGAGCGAGCGCAGGCAGGCCGUGGUGCCGGUGCUGGGCGAGCCCGAGAGCAGGCCAGACUUGGCUGGGCGGCACGCAAAGCUUGGCCUCAGUCACUCGGAGAGCGACUUCAUCCAGAAGAGGCGCCAGUUGCGCCCGCGCCAGACCCGGCUUGCUUCGGCCAAGUGCAGGCCUCGCACGCAGGGGCCCUACCUCGGGAUGAUCCUUGGCUUGGUACGCUGGCUGAAUAUGGCCUUCCUCCUGGACUGGCCGCGCCUCACGUGGGACGUGACGCUGGGAGAGUACGCCGAGUCGAUCUACGACCGCGGGGUCUUCCCCCUGACGCACCAGACGCUGAAGGGCUGGAACGUCCUGGACCCGUCCAAAUCCAGACCGCCCGCCCCGUUCUUGGUGGCGCUGGCGGUGGCCUGCGGGCGGUGCCGGGCGGGGAAGCCACUCAGUGGCAUGGCCGUUCUCACCAGGUUCGAGACCUACAUGCGCCCGUCAAGAGUGCUGGAUUUGCGAGCAAGGCAGGUAGUCCUGCCGCUGCCAAGGGAAGGAGGUGCACCGAUCUGCUUGACGGUCGCGGUGUGGGCCUCAGUGUACGAGAUACCAACCAAGACCCGCGAGUGCGACCUUUCAGUUCGGCUCGACCUGCCCAUGCAACAGUUGAUGGUGAACCCGAUCUUCCUUGUGCGAGCCCUUCGGGAACCCGCCCACGCCUUCCUGGUCUUGGGCUACAGCCAACUGGCGAAGGACUUCCAGAACACGACCCCUGCUCUGAGCGUGAGCUUACUCAAGGCCACCCCUUGCUCCCUCCAGCAUGGAGGGGCCAGCCACGACCAGAGCACGGGCGACAGAGACUCAGGCACCGUGCAGCAGCGAGGAGGGUGGAAGGCGUUCAAGUCCGUGCUGCGCUACGAGAAGCACGGACGCCUGCUGCUGGAACUACGCAAGCCCAGCGACCUGCAGCGCGAAACCCUCCGAGCAGCAAGCAGGGACGUCGUGGGCGUCUUCAACAG